UCCCCUCUGAGUAUACAGGGUACAGUAUAAUCUGGGCAAGACCUGGCGGGGUUAUGUGCUUGCAUGUGUGUGUUUGCUUAAGUGUGUUUUUGGAGGUCGGCUGCCUCUUCCUUCACUGAGCCCCUCACACCACAGACCUCAGUGAACCAGCAGAAGAUCAGCAGCAUCUCAUUGCACGGCUUCACAGACUAUUCACAGGAGGGCGACAUGAAGCUGCUGGUGUUGCUCGGUAUUGUCUUCUGCCUCUUUGCCUGUCAUCUCAGUGAGGCCAGGAUCAUCCCAGAAGGAGUGCCUUAUGAUGAACCACCAGCUGUUCCCUACUGGCCGUACACCACCUCUGACUUCUGGAACUACAUUGAGUACUUCAGAUCCAUCGGUGCCUACAACUACAUCAAUGAGAUGGCCCGGGCCUUCUUCGCCCACCAGCCCAUAGGAGACACUCUAGGAUAUGAGACCAAUGCAGGACAUGAACACUAAGAGAGGAGCUAGACCCAAAAGAGAGAAAAAGUAACAAGAGCAUGACAUGAAAAAAAAAUGUUAUCAUGAGGGUUUAUUAAAGGGAAAUAAGGAAAUUAUUAUAAAUAUGAAACAAAAGGGGGAUGUGAAAAGGAACACAGAUUUUUUUUAGUAGCUUAGUCACAUAUAUACAAUAGAAUUAGACAUAAAUAGCCCUCUUAUUGUCAUAUAAAGUGCCACAAAUAAAUAAACAAACCA